AUGGUGGGCCGGCCGAGGGCCCCCAUUCACAGUCUAUCGGCCUUCGGGUCGAGUUUGGGUUUCCCUGUGCUGCUGGCAGACUCCUCCGACGUCAAGACAUGCUACUUGCGUCGCCCCCGAGUUCCCCGCCAGCUCUACUCGGCCCUGACGCAGUCUGUCAUCCUGAGCGACGGCAUCAGACACCGUUUGAAGAGUGACUUGGAGUAUGAUGUGGAUCCUCAAGAGGCCCGCAGAGUCCCGUACCGUCCGCUGAUCGACAGCAACUUGGCCGUGGACGAGGCCAAGGCGCUGGCCGAGAACGACCACGAGACGGAGCCCAUGACGGGGCGACACGGCUUGCCAAAAACGGCGCCCUGCCUCCGGAUCCGCACCGGUGCGGGGCAUCCGUGCCGGGCGCCCGUGCAGAUCCUCCAUGCCAAGGCCUGGAACAGUGUGCCGGCCCUUGGUGAUAGCCUCCUUUGUGACACCGGCACUGCCAGCUCCGUCAGCCCCGGCGUCUCGGCCACCAUCGCCGUCGGCGUCGUGCUCUUCGUCGUCGCCCUCGCCGCGCUCUGGCUGCGCAAGACGGGCAAGGAAGCCGGACGAGGAGGAGGUGGUGGUGGCGGCGGCGGCGGCACGCCGUCGUCCAUCCUCCCGCCCGUCCUAACGCCCGGAUGGUGCCCGACGCCGCCGCCGCCGCAGCAGCUACCGUCUGGAUUGGGUAUCAGCCUGGCGCCUCAGUCGUCGUCAUCCCACGACAUCGCGCCGUUCCGGGAACAGGAGCCGGGCGCGCAGCGGCAGGAGCAGGAACAGGAGAGGCAGCAGAGGCUGGCAGAGAUGAUGCCGCAGCAGGGCGAGGUUAGGGCCACGGCGGCUAGAUGCAAGGAUCGCUAG